CUGGCUUGUGAAUUUUUUUUUAACUAUAGAACUGCAAAUUCAGAAAACUUUCCCAGAGAAUGUCUGAGAUAGACUCUCUGUAAUUUUCGGCAGCGUUUGAUUAAGUAUUUUGAUUUCGGUACAGUACUCGUAAGAGUAUACCUGAAAUGAAUAGGACCGGAAGUAGGUAGGACACAUGCACAUGCUGAGCUGAGUGUGCUGACAGGCGACAGCGGAGGGCGGGCGGCAGUCAGUCAGCUCUGCAGAGCGUGCCACCGCCCGUGCGGGUGCAUUACGUCGGGCAUGACGUUGAAAACUUCCUAUCGAUCGAGCCAGCUUCCACACCUGCAUUAAUUUUCAUUUGAAGUUUGAACGGUGCGCUUCAACUAGCAGAAACAGGUUCUCAUCUUUCUUCCAAGUUUCAUUUUACGUUACUGGCGUGUCGGGCAUUCCGUUGCAUAAUUUGUGGAGAUUGCGUGGCUGUCCAUCAUCGGAAAGCAGUGCGAGCCCUGAGGCGUGGUGGUGGCAGCAGGCUGUGGCAGCCGUCGUCUUUCUCGUCUCCUGAGUCUUCUGCCUGGCAGUGGCUGCGGAACUGAACCCGCUGGGCUCUUAGCGGCGGACGCACGAGUCACAGUCCGUCAGUUCAACGCUUCCCCGUCGUCCUCCGUUGCUCAAAUGCUGCAGGCUAGUCGUCGGCGGCCCCUGGCUCCCUGCUGGCUAUGGGGCGUCCUCCUCGCUGCCGUCUGCUUGCAUCGCAGCACGGCGCAGGAUCCCUCCUCAUCCCCCUCCCCUAUCCCGGGCCCUGGGGUGGAGGAAGCCCGUAGGGCCACGGGCCGCAAGCUGGACAUCCUGUACGCCAUCAACUGCGGCGGGGAGGAGCACGUCGACCACUUCGGGGUGCCCUACAUGAGCGAUCCGGGGCGGGACGGGCAGGCCAGCGACUACGGCCUGCACUGGCAGACCAUCAGCAACGCGCACCCCGACGACUUCAUCCUGUACCAGACGGAGCGCUACGCCGAGCAGACCUUCGGCUACGACAUCCCCAUCCCCAAGACGCACAAGCAGACCAACUUUGUCCUCGUCCUCAAGUUUGCGGAGGUGUACUUUAACCAGCCUCAAAUGAAGGUGUUCGACGUACUGCUGAACGGCGAGCACCUGGUGGUGGACGGGCUGGACAUUUUCGAGCGCGCGGGCGGCCGCGCCGCCGCCUUCGACGUGCACAUCCCCUUCCGCAUCACCGGCAACAAGCUGCUGCUGACGCACACCGCCGAGGAGUCCGACUACUCCGGCACGCUGCGCCUCGACUUCGUCAAGACAUCCCAGGACAACCCCAAGUGCAACGCCUUCUACGUGGCGCGCGGCUCCCUGGAAGAUAUCCCGCGCUACGAGCCGCCGGCCCGUCGCGAAGAGGAGGAGGAAGAGGGCGCUGCGCCAGGCGGCGGGGAGCGCGCCCCCUCCGAGGAGGAGGCCGAGGCGGAGGCCUGGGCGUGGUCGGCGCCGCAGCUGGACUUCCCGGCGCCGGCCAGUCCGCCGGCGGAGGAGGAGCUGCCCGGGGGCCUGGGCCUGGACAAGUACUACCCCGUCAUCGCCGUCUUUCUCUUCAUCGCCCUCCUCACCGCCUGCCUCUUCAAACUCUGAUCCACUCCGUUCUCAUACAACACCGGAUCGUCGCGGAUGGGUCGCGCAGUCGGGGAAGGCAGUCGCAGCUUUUGUACGUUGUGUUAGCUUGGUCAAUCAGGUCAGAUCCAGUCAGUAUUGGACGCAUAGCAGAUUAUCUACCGCCGUCUCAGUCCAGUUUUUUAUUCCCCAUUGUGACACUUUUUUGUGGCUAGUAAUCAGAGCUUUUUUCUCUAAUUUAUUCUCCCUUCGGUAGUUAUUGUCGCGUGUGUUAGGAAUGACAAAAUAAAUGAGAAAUAAAAAU